AUGGUUGCAGAACACGGACAACCACAGUUAAAGAAGCAAAGAAUGACAAGUAAACUAUUUGAUAUUCCCCCAGAAGUAAUUGAACGUAUAAUUUACUAUUUACCUGAUGAUUAUUUGGAAAAGUGUAUUGACUUACCAUUGAUAGGAGAUUAUGCUCUAAAUAGACUUUAUUUAGUUAUAGAGAUUAGAUCUCCUUAUUCAAGCAGUUGGGAGUAUGCACGUCCAAGAGGAUAUGAAUCAUUUGAAGGAAUGGAAAUUAAUACAGAUCGCCUGUCAAGGUUUCUUAUGCAAGUUAACAAGGGUGGUAGCAAUAGAGUUUGCAGAUAUAAGACAUGGAGAGUGAAUGAUUUCGUUCAAUUUAUGCAAAUGCAAACUAAAUUUCGACCUAAGAUUGUUCAUUUCAGUCUGGUGGAUCAGUUGGAUUGGCUUUACAAACAUUAUCCUCACAUAUUAAAUCAAUUACCACGGAUCGAUGUUUCAUUCGAUCGAAGCACUAUUGGAAGAUUUUGCGAUAUCCCAAAAGAAUAUAUCAGGAAGAUUUUGGACAAUAAAAUCACUGAUGAUUUCCUUGUUAACCUUAUCAAGCAAGGUUGGGGUGAAAAUGUCAAAGUGCUUGAAUUACUGGGGCCCAGUUUGGAGAAUCUCCCCAGUUUAUUUCCAAACUUGCAAAGAUUAAGAUUUGUGCGUAUAGAAUUAUCCCAGAGCCCGUUGCCUCCUUUACCAUUAAGUUUAGAGUUUUUGCAACUAUAUACUGAAGAUUUCGACAAAUUGGACGUUUCCUAUCUAGAAAAUUUGAAAGAAAUUGUUUUUGACUGUUUCAAUCCCUUGAAUAGAUUGGAUAGGUUUAAAUUUCCUCUUGGAAUCGAACGAAUACAUGUGUCAGGAAACACGUUUGAGGAAAUUGAAAUAAACAUAGAAAGCUUUGAUAGUAUAGAACAAUACACUAAUCUAAAAGAGUUACGGAUCGGAAAUGGUGAGCUAUGUGAAAAAACCAAGGUAUUUUCAAAAAGAACGUCGUUCCCUGAUAGCCUACAAAAACUUGAAAUAAAUUUCUUUGCUGAAUGUGUUCAUAUGGAACCGGAGGAGCCAUUUGCAACUGUGGCUGGUAACUUAUGUCUUCCGGAUAACUUACGGGUUCUCCUACUCAACACUUAUCAAAUUUACUAUAAUACUGCCCUGUUGAUAUUUCCUGAAUCAUUAAGGGUUUUGUCGAUUACAAGUGAAACGAGGGGGAUGGAUGAAGAAUGGGAACUGAAUGGAUACCCGCAGGAGGAUUGGUCUGCUGCAAAGUUUCCUUCUUCCCUUGUUGACUUAAGCUUACUGCUUGGAAGAAUAGAAGGCGUCACCUUUCCAAGAUCGUUGCAGAAUAUGAAUCUACAAGCUGAUGAGCCAAUUAAAUCAAUCAACUUCCUUGAAUUUGAAAAUUUAGUUCAACUUAAAUUUGGAUGGUUAGAUAUGGAUGAAUUUAUAUUUAAAUUUCCAUCCAGUUUGAAGAUUUUGGAAUUAAAUGGCUAUUGGUCACUUAAAAAAGUCAAAGUUGAAGCACCAAACUUGAAACUGGUGCAGCUUAAAGAUACUAAGUUUGAAUACUUAGAUGAUUCCACCUUUCUGCUUCCUGAUUCUGUAGAACAGGUUUCUUUUAAUAUUUCCGAUGGUUUCGUUGGUGCGGCUGUAAACGUAUUCCCUUCACAAAUGAAGGAAUUAUAUUUAAAACGGUCCCAUAUUACAUCGGAUACUUUAAAGGAACUUCAUUUGAGAGCGUAUAAGAAUCUUGUGACUUUGGAUUUACUGCAUAAUAAAAUUUCACGAUUAGACAACAAUACAUUUCCAUUGUCCUUACAAUAUUUACGUCUUGAUGGCAAUCCGAUUUCCUCAUUUUCCAGUCCAAAUGUGUUUUCAGAACUAAUAAACUUGCAAAAACUUAGUAGCGAAAGCGAGCAUAGAGGAUAUGGUAUUCGAGGAUACAUGGACAUGACUAAAUAUUUCGAGUCAGACCAGGGGAACAUGUUAAAUUUCCCAUCAUCUUUGAUUAGCUUGAAUCUUACUAAUAGUAUCCUACUAAAGGGAAUGGCCGAAAAACUCAACUUCCUGAUGUGUAGUCAACUACAAGAGUUGUGGUUACGUGGAAAUAAAGGAAUGACAGAUAUACAAAUUCUUGUGGACCAACUAAAAUCGUCCUGUCCAAAUAUGGUUGAACUAUUCUUGGAUCGGGAGCUUAAGGAGCAUAUUAAUGAAGAAGGAGUUAAUUUCUUGAAUUUUUCUUAA